CAGCUUCGCCGUCCAGCCGAGCCAUGCUCGCUUGGGAGGACCAGGCACCAGCAGGCGUUCCGUGACCGUCAGCGGCCUUCAGGGACGCAUUGCAAAUUGAACGGGAGGGGGUGUACCGCUCUCGUCGAGCGCGACGCCAACGAACAUGAACAUCACCUGCGAAUGCGCGGUGGUAUCAUACACUCACACACGAGGCAGUGCAGACGAACCUGAUGGACAGUCACAGGACAUCUCCCACAACUUCGCCGUCGACGCUGCCGCCACACAGGCGCCCGGCGUUGAAACGAGGUACACAGUAUCUUACAUUCUUGCGGCUGAAGGCCUUGGCGCGGAGAGUUCGGACGCCCCGCAUGCUUGGCGAGGCGCGCUUGCCAGCGAUAAGCAACGCAUCGAGGUCAGAAAGAACGGACCGUCGGUUUCCCAGGAUAUUGAUGCGCACCCCUCGGAAUGGACCAGGAGCAGCAAUUAGUCGCCGGAGAGGUAUUUCAUUCGAAAUCAGCGAGAAAAAAUGCGCAGAGCAACCAGGAAACGCACAGAAAGCACAGAAAGCAGCGGAAGGUAGCAGCGAGAGGCAUAAAGACAGGGCGAGGGUCGAGGGGAAGAAGCACGUCGACCGUCCUUUUAUCCUUUUGACUCGAGUCAGGUUGAAAAACUCGAGACCUUCCUUUCUUGGUGAUCACACGGAUCGUGACGGAUCAUUGACUCGGUCGGCCACGUGCCAUUCGCCUCCGGCUCCUCGGCAUCCCGCGAGCGCUGUGUGGCCCGCGAGCGAGUCCGCUGUGGCGCGUCUCCUUGUCGCUGGAGAUUGAGCAAGUCUCAUCACGUGAAGCAUUUAUGCGACGCGCUCCUGAGCAGAGGAGAUGCAGAUGGAAUGCAAGCGUCGGCACCGACAAAUACUAGAUGCAUAAAAUAUUACAAUCAGAUGGAAUACACCGUCGGCACCGACAGGUAGACAAAUAAAAUAUUACAAUCAGAUCCGAGUCCACACCCACCCGCAUUCCGAUAAAUACAGUCAUCAUUCCUCAAACCGUCCUAACAGCAUCACGACAACAACUGUUAAUCAUCAUGAGGCCGAUGGCAAGUGACCUCCAUUCGCCUUGAUCUGCGAAGGUAGCAUCGGGACCGGCGGAGCCGUCUCGGGUGCAGCGAAGAAUCCUG